CUCUUUCUAAAGUUACGAAUUUGCAGAUCCUUUUCCCUCUAUCUGAGAUUUAUACGGAGCUUUUCUACUCUCAACACCAUGUACGGAUCAAGGGGGGCAAUGUUGGGAAGCGGGGGGGUUUCGGACGGGUACGAGGUCGGCUCAAAGAGACAGAGAAUGAUCGAAUCAAAUCCCUACUUCGCAGUGAGCAGUGCUGCCGGAAGCUUCCAGCCUUACAGCUACGGUGGUGGGUUCCACCCAACGUUCCCUGUGGUCCGUCUCAGAGGUCUCCCUUUCAACUGUACCGACAUCGACAUCUUCAAGUUUUUUGCGGGUUUGGAAAUUGUGGAUGUACUGCUGGUUAACAAGAGUGGGCGUUUCUCUGGAGAGGCAUUCGUCAUCUUUUCUGGCCCCGUGCAAGCUGAGUUUGCUCUACAGAGGGAUCGCCAGAACAUGGGGCGCCGUUAUGUGGAAGUCUUUAGGUGCAAGAAGCAAGAUUACUACAAUGCUGUAGCUGCUGAGGUAAACUAUGAAGGCAUUUAUGACAACGAUUACCAUGGUAGCCCACCUCCCUCUCGUGCAAAGAGGUCUGUUGACAAGGACCAGUUGGAGUACACUGAAAUCCUAAAGCUCAGAGGCCUCCCAUUCUCUGUGACCAAAGCUGAGAUUGUGGACUUCUUUGGCGACAUAGGGGUGACAGAAGAGAGGAUACACAUCGCAUGCAGGCCAGAUGGUAAAGCAACCGGUGAGGCAUAUGUGGAGUUUGGUUCAGCUGAAGAGGCUAAGAAAGCAAUGUGCAAGGACAAGAUGACAAUUGGGUCGCGGUAUGUGGAGUUGUUUCCUUCAUCAGCAGAUGAGGCCAGGCGAGCUGAGUCAAGGUCAAGGCAAUAAACUGGUUAUGAUGCCAAAGUUGCAAUCAUAGUAGUCGUAGUCUGGUGUCCUUAGCAGGCUGUUCUUUUUACUCUUGGUGUUGGUAGGUUCAACUUCAUAUAAGUAUACCUUAUUUGAGUUUUAUUUUGAUGGUAGGACCUUAUUUCUUUUUGAUAGAGUAAAAAUUUUCGGA